AUGGCGUCUAGACCGCGUCGCUCGGCGGCCCAGAAGGCAUCCGUCGCAAUUACUGACAUGGCCGAUAGAGACAACAUGUCCUCAUCUCGCUCACGGAGGUCCGGAGACAACCUUGCCUCUGUCUCUAGGGGAUCACAGGGGGGCAAGGACCACACCUACUUGACCGUCAAGCUGCCUUCCAGUAAGCUACGCCAGGCAACGAGCAACAAGCAGGGCUCCAGCAUCUCGGUCAACAACGACUCCACUCCUAAGCGGUCCACUAGAGGCGGAAAGAAGAGCUACGUGGUCGAAUCCGAGAGUGACGAAGAGGACGAUGAGGAAGUGGGUGAGGAUGAGAUCCAGGUCGGCGCGCCUGCUGUAGUGGCAGACGAGGAUGAGGACGAUGACGAGGAAAUGGACGACGUCGAUGAGGAUGCCGAGGGCGAGGAAAUCGAGGAGGACAUGGAUCUUGACGCCGAGGGCGACGACGACGAAGACGCAGAAGGUGAAGAAGAUGUCGAUAUGGCUCCACCAGCACCUGCGCCCGUCAUCAAAAUUCAAAAGGCGAAUAAGAAGUCGCCCGAGAGCAAGAAGACCAAGGACAUCACCCCCAAGAAGGCUGGUGCAACGAUCAAUGACUCGGACGACGACGAGCUCAGCGAGCUGGAGAGUGAUGAGGAGAUGGAGGGAGAAGAGGAUGCCGAGGGGGAGGAAGAGGACGAAGAUAUGGACGCCGAGGGCGAAGAAAUCGAGGAGGAUCAAGACGCCGAGGGUGAGCCGGAGCCGAACGCUGAGGUCGGCCAGGACGUAGAAGAAGACGUUGACAGUGAUGACGAAAGCGCUGCACCUAACAAGACUCGCAUGACAGUGCGUCAGAGGGCGCGCUUUGAGGAGCUCGACGAGAGUCACUAUCAAGCCUUGUCAAACGAGGUCCAGGCCAAGAAGGUCUUCACGGUAGAGGAAAAGGCCAUGCGGCGGGCCGAGAUGGCCCGAAGACGGCGCAAUCUCAGCGAGAAGCGCAACGAGGAAGUCAAGCAAGAAACAAUCAACAAACUCCUCAAGAAGCAAGCCAGCAAGACCAACCGGAAGGGUGGCCAGACCAUUAACGAGGAUGGGUCGGGUGACGGCGAUUGGAAACCCAACCCCGUCUUCAUCCGAUGGGUCAGCACGAAAGACGGCGAGCGUGUCUCGGUGCCUGAGGAGAUACUGGAGGGCCCUGCCGGCCGCCUGUUCGUUAACGGCGUCCGCCCCACAGGCGCUGGCCCGACUGCCUUGGCGCCUCCGAGAAAGAUGGUCGAGGAGGUCUCGUAG